AUGGCUUCCGCGGCAGACAUCGAGCAGAUGAACAAGCUCAGGAAGAGCCUGGGCCUGCCGCUCUUAAACGUAAGUGGACAGCCUCCACAGUCGUCUGAAGGACCUACAUUCAAAGAAUCAAGAGCUGCCGCCGCCGACGACGACGAUAGCGACCGAGAUGGAGACGCCGAGCCUGCUUCGACCCUGGAAACCCGCGAGGCCGCGGGGUUCGAGAACUGGAACCAACUCCGCGAGGAGGAGAAGAAAAGAGCAUUGAGAGAGCGGCGCAAGAAAGAGAUACAACGACAGAGAGAUCUUGAGUCGCGGAAUCGACAGCUCGAGGGCAAGGGGUUAGGGGAUGCUGGCGAUGAAGACGAUAUCGAUACCAAAGCUUGGUUGAAGGGCCAGAAGAAGCGGCAGUCGAAAAUCGAAAAGGAGCGCGCCGAAAGACUGGCCAGGGAACUGGCGGAGCGGGAACGAGAGGCUGCCGUCGAGUAUACGUCGAAGGACCUCGCGGGCGUGCAAGUGGCGCAUGAGAUUGGCGAUUUCGACGAAGGAUUUGGCGAGCAGAUCCUCACGUUGAAGGAUACCGAGAUCGGAAAGGGCGAUGACAGCGAGGACGGAGACGUCCUGGAGAACGCGGACAUCGUGUCGCGGGACAAGCUGAAGGAGAAGCUCGAUCUGAAAAAGAAGACCAAGACCGCCUACAAUGUGCAUGAAGACUCCGAGAAGGGACUAUUGUCCCAGUAUGAUGACAAGAAGCGCAAGGCGUUUACUCUCGACGCCCAGGGGUCGACUGUCGAGGAACGCGAGGCCAAGCGGCAGCAGAUCGGCGAGAAGCUCAAGAAUACGAUCAGCCUGGACAUUUUGAAGGACGAGCCUGUCUCGGAUUAUCUGGAGCUCAAGAUCAAAAAGCCAAAGAAGGAGAAAAAGAAGUCUAAACGCCAACGGCCUGUUGACGAGGAUGAGGAUGUUUUCCCUACAGCGCAGGGUGGGACCAACGGAGAUGCCAUGGACGUGGAUUCUGCGGCCGCUGUGGCCCUGCCACGAGCGAGAUCACGAACCGCAGAAGACAACUUGAACGACGAUGACGAUCUGGCCAGUGCGCUUGCUAGGACUCGGCAGGCUGUCUUGAGGAAACAGAAGCGAAGACCUGAAGAUAUUAUCGCGCAGCUCAAACAAGAAGAAGAUGAGCAACCUGUUGCGGACGGCGAAGGCGGUCUUGUGCUCGACGAUACCACGGUAUUUCUAGACAAUUUGUCAUCUCGUCCUAGGGAGGAGGAGCCGGAGCGAGGGGUCAAGACAUCGGUCGAGCAGCACGAUGCGCAAAGCCCGGGCCCUCGAGUCAAGCAGGAAGAUGAAGACCAUGCCAUGGGCGAAGCAUAUGCUGGCGUCGAGGAUGAACAAGAGCUCCUCAAUCGGGUCAAGCGUGAGCGCUCGACGGUCACCCCAGAGGUGUCAGCCACGGGCCUCGACGAAGAGAAGUCACUGGACCAGGGUCUUGGCUCGGCUCUCAGCCUGCUCCGCCAACGUGGUAUCUUGAAAGAGACGGAUGCCGGCGACAAGAACAAGCUGUACAAAGAUCGCCAGAAGUUUAUCGUCGAAGCUCGUCUGCGCGAGCACGAGAAUGAACAGAAGGCCCGCAUGCAACGUGAGCGGGAUCGCCAAUCCGGCAAGUUGACGGGUUUGUCUGUCAAGGAACGAGAGGAACACGCCCGGUGGCAGAACACCCAACGAGAGCAUCAGUCUUCCAUUCAAGCUGCCGCCACUUUCAACAAAGAGUAUAAGCCCGAUGUGCAGAUCAAGUACGUGGACGAGGAUGGUCGGCUCAUGAAUCAGAAAGAAGCAUUCAAGCAUCUGAGUCAUCAGUUCCACGGCAAAGGUAGCGGGAAGCUGAAGACCGAGAAACAUAUGAAGAAGAUUGCCGAGGAGAAGAAGAGAGAGGCGGCAAGUAUCUUGGAUAGCAGUGAAGCUACCGGCAUGAACAAUGCUCAGGGCACGAUCGGAAAGAAGAACAAGCAGGCUGGUAUUAGAUUGGGCUGA